AGUUGAUAACCGAGAGCCGUUCGUGGCGCUCGUGCUUCCGCCGAUGUUGCACGACGACGCGCUGCAUAUCCUCGUCAUCCAAUAGACGCGAUCUAAUCUAUUUCACAAAGCUACCCGUAAAAAAAAUCACUUAACUAACAUAUACCUACACCAUUUAGUUUGAUCAACCUAGUAACCAUUGUGAUCAGUAAUCUAGUGCAUUGAAGAACACCAUAAAAAGAACAAAUAUAAAUUUAGAAAAACUCACCAAACUUCACGAGAGUUGGCGAUAACAAUUGAUACAAGAUAGGGCCAUUAACAGAUUUAAGAUGGCAAUCGGGUGGGAAGAAAACUCAAGAGGGCAACAACAUAGCAAUACAUGUCACUCCACCCGAUGGCGAAGAAGAUGAUGAGAUCGUACCUCCGCUGAGGCCGCGUAGGAAGCUGAGCAGUCCACUUAGCAGUUUGCCCAGCGCCGCCGAAGGCAUUAUUGGUGGAUCUGCACCACGUUCACUGUCGCCUUUGGACCGCACAAAACGGCGCUUCAGUACUAUGGUAUCAAGUGCUGCCGCGGCUGCUGUAUCCCGCCGUCUAUCCGCUACAAUUGGCUGGUGUCUUGCUUCGCCUACGCAAGUCAAACCUCAAAUUGUUAGGCAAGGUCGCGCCCUUUGCUUGCAAUACAUUAAAAGCCAAAUUCGAAGAUCAUCAAUGUGCCCAAAAAAGCAAAUUGUAAUGAAGCGCUUGCAGCAAAUGGUUGAAACCGAAUGUGGUGAGGAAGCAAUAUCUAAUACAGAAAACGGUGUGCUGGCCGCACUACGUACACUCUGCGCAGCUCUAGAAAGGAAACGACCAGAUGCUUUCCGACAUGUGGCCCGGCAAGCGACUCGGGCACCUUCGACGAUGCUGCGGUCUGAUACCGCCCUGGCGGAGCUUGCCCUUGCUCUUGCAAGACGUAUUACACGAGAAAACAUCACCUGGUCAAAGAUCGCAGCGGUAUACUGUGUAUGUGGAGCUUUGGCUCGUGAAGCUGCAGACGCAUCAGAGGGCGAACCGGCCCUCGAGUUAGUGGCCGCACCUGCAGCUGCAAUUGCUGAUUUGCUUCAUGAAGAACCUGGAUCUUGGAUAGCAGCGCACGGUGGUUGGAACGGACUCAUCGAACGUUUACGUGUUAGCGAACGUGAUCAACGAUCCGAGAAAACCCUUCGUGUUAUGGUGUGGUUCUUCGUGAUGGCAUGUUUCGUAUUACUUCUUCUAAGAUGGGUUAUUCAAGGACACCCUGCAUAUUAUUCCUAAAAUUUCAUAUGAACUGUAAAAAGGCACUUUUGGAGAUUAAGUUAGGCUUCUAAGAACAUUAUACUGUAACAAUGUAUACAUUUGAUGUAAAAGUAAAACAGAAGUUAUUUAAAAAAACAGUUAAUACAAUUUUAAAAUAAAACAAUUUUAUUCAU